GCUAGUUUAAGGUACGACUUGACGAUGGGAGUCGAUGAGAUGGAAAUGUAUUGCUAACGAUAAUAGAGAGAACAGCACCAUGAAUGCAACAACAGCAGCAGCAGCCAUACCAGCACGGGUUGGGGGAGUCUCGUCUGCGUUAAGGAGGAAUGAACACAUCUUGCGAGGACGCAGUGUCGCUCUCUGGACGUUGCUACUGUGUUUCGACGUGAACCGGAACAAGACUCCUUCAUCCUUGCACAGCUGAAUUACUGUAGAUYGUUGUUAGCAUGGAAAGAUAGUCCUUGCUAUCGCCAUUACCUAUAGAUCCUUCGCCCCUACACCCUCGUUGCUGACUUUUGUUUUCUCUUUGUUUUCUUUUAAAAGGUAAGGUACCAGAUAGUUACUAAUAAGAUGGCUAGAAUUGCUAAGGAUUACGUCGAGUGCGAUCAGCACGAAAAGGCAUACCAGAAGCAGGAUGCUGUUUUUGUCGCCCGCAAGCGUGCCGUCGGAAAUGCCCGCCAAAAGCCCAUGCGUUUCGUCAAGAACGUCGGACUUGGAAUCAAGACCCCCGACGCCGCCAUCGAGGGAUCCUUCGUCGACAAGAAGUGCCCCUUCACCGGAAACGUCUCCAUCCGCGGAAGAAUUCUCACCGGACAGGUYAUCUCCACCAAGAUGAAGAGAACGAUCAUCGUACGACGAGACUACCUUCACUACAUCCGAAAGUACCGUCGUUUCGAAAAGAGACACAAGAACAUUGCCGCUCACUGCACCCCCGCCUUUCCAGUCAAGGAAGGAGAUAUUGUCACCGUUGGUCAGUGCCGUCCUCUCUCCAAGACCGUYCGAUUCAACGUUGUUGGACAUYMAUCCGAACGUGCCAAGACCGGAAAGAAGACUUUCCGUGUCUUCUAAAAAAGCACAAAAAGUUCUUACCUUUCCACUAGCUGCGAGUAGCGCAAUGGAAUAACAAAUCCGAUUCGGGAAGUUCUUGUAACAAAACAAUAUAAAACUCAACACAAC